AUGUCUUCUGCCGUACCUCAUCAGCAGAUAUCGGCUGCACAAAAGCUAGCCGCUGUAAACGAGCAAACAUGGCUCACUAUGGGUAAUCUUGCUGAAAUGAUGACGGAUUACGACAAGGCUAUGAAUUGCUAUGAGUCAGCCUUGAGACAUAAUCCUUAUUCCAUACCUGCCUUGUCCCAGAUCGCGUCACUCUGCAGAGGCCGCGAACAAUUUGGAAGGGCUGUGGAAUACUUUAAGCGCAUCUUAUCGAUUCAAGAAAAUAAUGGCGAAACAUGGGCCGCUCUUGGACAUUGCUAUUUGAUGAUGGAUAAUUUGCAGGAAGCUUACCAUGCUUAUCAACAAGCGCUAUACCACCUUUCGAAUCCCAAGGAUCCCAAACUUUGGUAUGGCAUCGGUAUUUUGUAUGAUCGCUAUGGAUCAUUGGAGCACGCGGAAGAAGCCUUUUCGGCUGUCAUGAAAAUGGAUCCCAAGUUUGAAAAGGCAAAUGAGAUCUAUUUCCGAUUAGGCAUCAUAUACAAACAGCAACAGAAAUUUGACUUGUCACUUCAAUAUGAAUUAGCCAAGGAAGCAUAUGAACGCGUGUUGGCUGAAAAUCCUGAUCACGCCAAAGUCUUGCAACAGCUCGGAUGGCUUUAUCAUCAACAAAACACGUCCUUUUGCAAUCAAAAUUUAGCUAUUCAAUACCUUACACGAUCCCUGAAAUCAGACAGUAAUGAUGCUCAAUCCUGGUACCUUCUCGGUCGCUGCUACAUGGCGGAACAGAAUUACAAUAAAGCCUAUGAAGCCUAUCAGCAAGCGGUAUACCGCGACGCGCGUAAUCCCACUUUCUGGUGCUCCAUUGGUGUGCUUUACUAUCAAAUCAAUCAGUAUCGGGAUGCAUUGGAUGCUUACAGUAGAGCCAUUCGUUUGAACCCUUACAUCAGUGAAGUGUGGUAUGAUUUGGGCACACUGUAUGAAUCCUGCAACAAUCAAAUUCAAGAUGCCUUGGAUGCCUAUCACCGAGCUGCCGAAUUGGAUCCCUCCAAUCCUCACAUCAAGCAACGUCUUGAACUACUUCGCAAAUCCCAGGGUGCUCAACCUUCUCAAACUGCUGGCAAUGCCCCUGUACCACAAGACGUCAGUAACCCGAGUCAAUAUCAAAAUGGCGCCAAUGCUCAGCCUUUGAAUGGCGCGGGAUAUGGUCAGUCGGCACCUUCUGGUCCUCCUGCGAGCAUGUCAGCUUAUCAUACUGCGGUGGGCGGAUCACAACGUCCUCCUGUGGAUGAUCGCGUUCCUACGCCACAAUUGCCCAUGGUGAAUCAUGUGAGUUGUGUCCCCUCUUUUUUUUUCUUGUGUUCAAACUUUGUGUGCUCAUGGAAUCAUUACGUAGCAUGGCAUGCCUGGUCACGAAGGCAGUGUUCCUCCUCGUGA